CACUCAGAGAAUGCUCUAGCUCUCUCUUCCUGUGUUACCGCCCUUGGGCUGAGUGAGACAUCAAGCUCUGAAGACAUCGCAUUCAUUGGAAAGACAGGCGUUAUUUGGAGACUCCUUAGUUAGGUCCAAUAACAGGAAGCCUCUUCCCGGUCCGGAGUAGUGAGCUUGAGAGGGAACAUUGCGGCUCUGAUCUUCUGUACAGUGUUGCUUAGCAAGUCAUAGCUGGCACCAUGGCGUUGUCAUUCAAGAAGGACCUGGAGAAGUACAAGGACCUCGAUGAAGAUGAACUCCUCAACAAGUUGUCGGCGGAGGAGCUGAAACAGCUGGAGACGGCACUGGAAGAGAUGGACCCUGAGAACGCUCUUCUCCCAGCGGGCUUACGUCAGAAGGACCAGACGGCUAAGCAAGGUACAGGGUCAUUUAACCGGGAUAGCCUUCUGAAGUACCUGGAGAAGGAAGCCAUGGAGUACAAGGACAGAGAGGAUAUACUACCCUUCACUGGGGAGAGAAAAGGUAAAGCAUUUGUUCCAAAGCAGAAACCAAUCGAAACACGGCAGGAAGAAAUCACAACCCUUGAUCCAGAAUUGGAGGAGGCCCUAUCGAGCGCCACAGAUACAGAACUGUGUGAUCUAGCAUCAAUCCUUGGUGUUCACACGCUGGUCACCAGUAGCCAGACAUACGAUGCAUCAAAAGACGGUUACAACAAUGUAAUCAAAGGGGAGAAGAUGACCCCGGUGUUUGAUGAGCCCCCCAAUCCCACCAAUGUAGAAGAGACUCUGCAGCGGAUAAAAAACAACGACAGCUCCCUAACAGAGGUCAACCUCAACAACAUCAAGAACAUUCCAAUCCCCACGCUGAAGGACUUUGCUAAAGCCAUGGAGAAGAACACGCACGUCAAGAAGUUCAGCCUGGCAGCUACACGGAGUAACGACCCAAUUGCUGUGGUGUUCAGCGACAUGCUACGAGAGAACAAGACGUUGCUAAGUCUGAACCUGGAGACCAACUUUAUCACCGGGACAGGGGUGCAGGCUUUGGUGGAUGCAUUGCGAGACAAUGACACCCUCACAGAGAUCAAGAUAGACAACCAGAGGCAGCAGCUGGGUACUACUGUAGAGAUGGAGAUUGCAAAAAUGUUGGAGGAGAACAACAGCAUUGUGAAGUUUGGCUACCAUUUCACCCAACAAGGACCUCGCUCCAGAGCUGGGCAAGCUAUCACCAAGAACAACGACCUGGUACGCAAGAGGCGAGUGGAAGCGGACCAGUAGGGACGGAGCCCAACCCGCCUCCCUGCCAAUCCUCUCGUUUCAUCUCACCAUGUGGAAUAAUUUCAGCCGAUGCCCUGGUCUCAUCUCACUGUGUGGAAACUUAAGUCUUGUGCCAAACUGUGGGGCAAGGCACGCUCAACCAGAACAUACAUCUGAGAAGAAGGGAAAUAACUGGAAUUGCCCUCCCCCAUUUAUAUGUUCAUACUUAUGUUUAUUAUUGCAUUGUUAUUGAAGGUGUAAAUCGGAUUAGCUUUUAGUCAUGUUUUUUUGCGCCUUUAUGUAAUCUGUCCAGACUUUUCUCUUGUUUUUCUUUUCUCUUAAACUAUAAUGUGGAAUAAACAUGCACAUUACCAAGUAACUAGCGCAACAAUAACAAUAACUAACAUCGAUGAUGCCCUGUAGACAGUGCUAGUGUGAGGCCUACGCUCCCAGUGGAUAACCUCUGUACAACCAGCAGAACAGAGGUCGACAUCAGCAUCAGGGUGUGACAUGAAGCAAAGUCGGACCAGUCUGUUAAAACCACGGCCCACUGGCAGAAUGGAAACAGUCUGACAGUCAUUAGGCGACAUAAAUAACCAUGUGAUCAGAUCACCAUUUAUUGUUGUUGCCUUGUAAAGCCAGCUUGACUGGUUAAUCUAACGGUUAUGUUUGUGUUUGUGUUGGCCUCUAAUCAGUUACUGACUUUAAUACUGUACGCAUCGGCACAUACUGUUUGAUAUAAUGAAACGUUCUAACUUAACGUCUAGUUCAAAUUCCUAUGGCGGUUAUUCCAGUGGCUUUUGUCUCUUAACAGGAAACGAUAACUAGGUCUGGAUAUUUUGGAUGAAGUAAAAUUGGGACUAUGCAUUUAAAGUAAGCGGAUAUUAGCUCUAGUCCAGAGGAAGGCUGUUGUAAAUGUCUGCUCAACACACAGGGUUUCUCCACGGCAAACACAUGCUGUGUCAAAGUACCGGUGUGUAACCACAUGGUUAUCGGUUUAGAUUUUGGCUUCGUCAGCUUUGUUCAUUUCCUCGCAGUAUGUACGGCAACAGCACCUUUUAGAUCACAUUAUGCCAUUACAUUUUGUCUUAUUCCCAUUCUUUGGGGUCAUUUCUUAGCAAGUAUGUUGUUAAGUAGUUGUUAACUACUUGCAAACCUUUUCUGUUUUUCUUCCCAGAACAACUGUGUUUCUAUGAACCAAAUCCCCCCCGAUAGAAAAUCUGCUUAAAUUUCUCCUUCCUAACCCUCUGUCACACUUCCACUCAUUCCCUCUCAGCAGCAUCUCAGCAGUAGCCUGUCAUCCAUUAUGUAACGGAUGACAACAUGCUAUGUGUGCCUCAAAACAAACCUCCUGAGAUACACUGCGCUGCUUGAGAUGGCUUUAACAGGACUAAUUCAGGAUUACUUGAAACUUGUAUAUACACACUGUUUUAUGUGUAAUAGAAACAACGUGCUGGCAUGAUCAUCACCUGUGAACAUCGUGAUUCUAUCGACCAAAAAUGUCACAUCCCGUGGACCGAGUUGUACUGCUGACUUCGAUACGUGUUUUUUUUUGUUUAUAUAUCUGUGUACUUGGUGCAUGGUCAUAUCUGCUAGUAUUUCUUCUUACUGCUUUGCCGGUGGACAGUCAGCUAAAGUGUAAAACUGCUUUUUUGCCUGGGCUCACAAGUAUUCUUUGAUUCUUAAUAUGUGUUUUGAUUAUUACAUGUCAUCUCAAAGUGAACACACAGAGACAAACACGUUUUUUUAAAAAUCUUAAAUAAAAACCCAGGUUUAUACUCAACAUAAGGAGUUUGUGCUGUUAUAAAACCACAGAAUUGGUAAAACGCACUGAUAAAUAUAAGAUAUGCUCAAUAAUAAAUGUUUUUACAUGCUCAA